AUGGCUCUCCCCCGACUCCACAUCAACGAUCAAAGCCCCGUCUCAGACGAGGCCAUCUCCGAAGACACCCCCGAGACAAGCCAACAAACGCCCACGACCCGCAAAACCCUCCACCAAAACAUCUUCGGCAAGCUUCGCCCGCUGCCCUUCCAGUAUCACUGGACAGUCUGGUACGACAAGCACUCGGACACGGCCGCCUACGACGACCGGCUGUUCAUCCUCCACGAAGACGUCGCCGACAUCGCGACCUUCUACCGCGUUUACAACAACUACCCCUGGGACAAGAUCCGCCUGCGCGACAGCGUGCAUAUCUUCCGCAAAGGCGUGCGCCCCGUGUGGGAGGACCCGCAGAAUCGAAAGGGCGGUUGUUGGCGCUUCCGCGUGCCCAAGAGCAAGGCGCAAGCCUUCUUCCAUGAGAUUGCCAUUCUGUGCAUGGCGAAUGAGUUCCAGGCUGUGCUGGAAAAGGAGCACGAUCACGUCCUCGGCGUCUCGACCUCGGUCCGUUUCAAUUCCCAUAUGAUCUCCGUCUGGAAUAAACUGGGCGAUAAUGAACGCUCUAUCAAAGCCCUGGAGCAGACCAUUCUGGACCGUUUGUCCCCAGAGCUACGGCCUGCUGGGCCGGGGGCUAAUUCAUACUUCUACAAACGCCACGAGGAUAAUGACGGGUACCAUGAGGCUGUCAAGACGGCCUCCGAUACCUGA